UUGCAAAAUGCGACUUAGACAAAGCUAAAGACCUAUAACAUAGUAUAUACAGUAGCGCAACUCUCGGAUUUUCGCGUGUACGAAAUGGAACUGCACAUGCGCGAGCUAUGGGUGUAACCAAUAACGUAACAGAAUCUUUCUGUCGCACUUGCUCUGUUUGCUUUUCUAUAGUGUUCUCUGUCGUUGAAAUGCCCCAACGGCCAAAAUUGGCGGUAAAUGUGACAAAAGUGAAUUCAAGGCGAUUUAAAGUAAAAAGUCAGAGCAGUGUUAUUGUUAAAUAUAAGACGUGUUAAAGAAAGUGAAUAGAAAAGUGUUUUGUGUUUAAUGUUUAGUGAAUAUAGUGCUAAGUGAAAAGUGAAAGUUAACCAAGAACGAUUAUUUUUUCUGUACAGAAUAGUUAAUCUGUAUAGAUUUUACAGAUUUUCAAUUCUUUUACAGAAAACUGCACUUUUGAUCUUAGCUUUGUUGCAGGUGCUGCUUCUUAGAAGAUAAAAAAAAUAUAUAUAUAUAAGAUAAAACUGAUAAAAAAAAAUACAAAAAGAUGUUAGCCCAUAAAUCGAAAUGGUGUGUUGCAAAGGGGUGCAACAAUAAUAUCACAGAGAAAAGACAUUUUUUUUCGUUUCCAAAAGAGCAUGACAGAUGGUUACAAUGGAUACAUGCAUGUCAAAGAUUAGAUUUACAAGUGAUGGGUCCAGAGUACGCUUAUCGCAAUUGUAGACUGUGCCAUUUGCAUUUUGAAGAAAAGUGGUAUAAAAUAGGCAAAAUUAGAGCUCAUCUUUAUCCUGAUGCCAUACCGACGAUAUUUUUUGAAAGAGACAAUAUACUUGCAACAAGUGCAAUAAAAGAAGAUAGUAAUUCAACAACAGCGACAAGCGUACUAAAAGAAGAUGGUAAUUUAACAACAGUGGCAAGUGCACUAGAAGAAAAUAGUGAUAAGACAAUUGGAAAAGAUCAACAAAAAGAAACGAACAGCAAUAUGCAGUUGUCAAAAGCAAUUGAUCCUAUGGAUAUAGAUAUUGAGACCGCUGAGACAUCCAAGAUUGUUACACCGAGUACAUCUAGCAGCAAGCAUUUAAUAAGUCGUGUAGAAGAAACUCCAUUAAAAAGGAAAAUGAAGGAACGGCAUUUAAAAUUACAAGCAGAAAAUAGAAAGCUGCGCGAAAGAAUUAGGCGACUUCAGAAAAAAAUAAAGAAGAUGGAAAAUAAAAAAGUAAUUGAAGACGGACCCAAAGAAUAUGAAACUCUGCGUCAAUUAAGUUGUAAAUUACUACCUACUAAUUUCGCACAAUUGUUGUCUGUACAAAUUGACGCGCAAAUUAAAAGCAAACAUGGAAGAAGAUACAGUUCAGAAUUUAAACAAUUUGCAUUACGUUUAUAUUUUUUAAGUCCGCGAAAUUAUCGAGAACUUAAGACACAAUUUGCAUUACCUUCCAUACGUAGUCUACAUUUAUUUACGCAAACAUGGCAAAUUAAGCCCGGUAUUAACGAUAACAUUUUUGAUGUUCUAGCCGUUAAAUUAAAUUUAUUACCACUUUUGGAACGCCACUGUAUAUUGUGCAUAGAUGAAAUGAGUUUAAAAGCUCAUUUAUUUUAUAACAUUUCACAAGAUGAAAUCAUCGGGUUCGAGGAUACAGGUGUCUAGGUUUUUAGAGUGGCUUCAAAUCCCAUUUGACUACGUUGCGAUUGACUAUGCGACUACUUAAACAGGGGUGUUCGUAAUUUUUACAUUGGAUCAACUAAAUGCAUACAGAUGCGUGCGAAUAUGCUGCUUAAGAUGCGGACAUGUUAUGAGAUGUCAGAAAAAUAUAAUAAUAUUAUCUUUGUAAUAAACUUGACUUGAAUUAAUUAAAAU